CGAAGUCCUGCGAUUGCGCCUGCUGAUUUCAUCUCUCAUCCCACUCCUGUCUGCCGGAUACCCAGGUAAUCAUCAUUUCCAACAGACGCUGCGACCUGCUAUUCUAGGUCUAAUGCGACGUUGACGUUGUCGGCGCGACUGGUUCCUCCCCGACUUUCUUUGCCUAUCUUUUUCCUUGUCCAUAUUCCACAAUCCAUACAUCGCAUUCUUACCCCUCAGUAAGCCGCGCCGUCUCAAAGGCUGAAUUCCUCGUACCUUGCAGAAAUAUUUGUGUCGAAAUUACGAUCUCUUAUCAGCGCGCGACAGCAGUAUGAAUUGAGCUCCUUUAGAUUGGUCAAUUGGGAACCAGAUUCAUUGUAUCCAUGUCGUCACCAUUGCUGCCGCCAGUAUGGGAGAAAUUGGUGAGCACAGAAGCACUUUGCUGCAUUGUCCUUAUCGUAGCUUUAGCUGUGAUGAUCUGAAACAGAACAUAAAGAGCUCACCAUCUGCUCGAAGCUCCGAGAAACGGGAUCAUAUCGAAAAGUCCUCGAAACUUCUCGUCAAACCGAGCGCGACUCCUAGCAAGAUCACCAUGCUAUUCAAGGUCGUGAGUUUACUCUUGCUGUUGAGCUUGAGUAAGCUUGUCUGGUCAAAAACCUUUCCUGCUGGUGCAACCUACUAUCCGGAUCUGCUUGAAGUGGGAGCAGAGGAACUCGUUGCUGGACUCGAAAGUGGAGCAUGGACCAGCGUAGAUCUGACAAAGGCUUACAUUGCAAGAAUCGAAGAAGCAAACCCGGUCCUGCACGCGGUCACUGAAAUCAACCCAGAUGCACUCUUGAUCGCAGCAACUCUCGAUGCCGAAAGGGCCAAUGGCACUAUUCGCAGUGCUCUGCAUGGCAUUCCCAUGCUCAUUAAAAACAACAUUGCUACCAUGGAUCAGAUGAACAAUACUGCUGGCUCAUACUCCUUGAUUGGGGCAACAGUACCACGUGACUCCACCGUUGCCGGAAAACUUCGAGCUGCUGGAGUCGUUUUGCUUGGGAAGUCGAAUUUAUCGCAGUGGGCAAACUUUAGGUCGUCGAACAGCUCUAACGGAUGGUCAGCUUAUGGAGGCCAAGUAACUGGAGCUUAUUAUCCGAAUAUGGACCCAAGUGGAAGCUCGUCUGGAAGCGGAGUAGGAAGUUCUAUUGGCCUAGCUUUUGCCGCUCUGGGCACAGAGACUGAUGGCAGUAUCUUGAGUCCGUCCAGUGUAAACAACUUGGUGGGGAUCAAACCGUCAGUCGGACUCACCUCGAGAUCUUUAGUGAUCCCAAUUUCUGAGCACCAAGACACUGUCGGACCUAUGGCACGCUCAGUUUCUGACGCCGCUUACAUACUUUCAAUUAUAGCUGGAAAGGAUAUAAACGAUAACUACACGUUGGCACAACCUUUCGACACACCUCCGGAUUACACCCAGUCGCUUAAUUUCUCCAGUCUCAGGGGAGCUAGGAUUGGAAUUCCGAGAAAUGGCCUCACCCCUGACAACACCAGCCAGCCUAUCUUGGAUGCCUUCGAAGCUUCGAUCCAAGUGCUGAAAAAUGCCGGAGCCAUAAUUGUGGAUAAUGCUAACUUUUCGGCAUGGGAUCAGUACGUAGCUGAUGCUAAUGCUCCGGUGGGAAAUUCAACUAUUGUACUUGACGCCGAUUUCGUUUCUGAUCUUGCAAACUACCUUUCCAAACUCACUUCCAAUCCGAAUGAUAUCAAGAGCCUUGCAGACGAGUCUAAUUUUACCCAUACGUUUGCCCUCGAGGACUACCCACAACGAGAUACAGCAGUCUGGGACCAGUCACUGUCACUGGGAUACAACAACUCAGACUACCGUUUCUGGCAGGCAUACCAAUAUACAUCCUUCUUCGGUGGUGAAGGAGGAGUGUUAGGAGCACUGAAGACAUAUAAUCUGGAUGCUCUUAUUCUCCCUACAGACUAUUCACCUGGACUCCCUGCUGCUGCUGGUCUUCCAGUGGUAACAGUUCCAAUGGGAUAUUAUCCCAGUAAUAGCACUGUUAUCAAGUCACAGACUUGGGGUCUUGUUGAAGUUGGCCCAAAUAUCCCAUUUGGGCUUUCAUUCAUGGGAGCCAAGUGGUCUGAAGAGACACUCAUUAGUUUUGCUUAUGCAUAUGAACAAAGGACCAAGGUCCGGACAAAGAUCCAGCCUUAUUUUGUGCCUAAUACCCAGUUAGGGGAUAUUGUAUAAUUAUGCUGCUUUUGGGAAAUGGAAUGUUUUCAACUGAC